AUGGACAGAAAUCCAGGAAAAGGCAUGAUGGAUCAGCAGAAAAACUAUGAACAAGUUUGUUACAAUAACAUGGAAGCUAGAAAUGAAGGGCUGGGGUCUGUAAACCAGAGGUUUUUCCAUGAUCCAUCAGCUAAUAUUAAUUCUAACCUGCGACCUCCUGACUACAGCAUGUCAAUUGGAGCUAGGCCUGUGUUAAAUUACUCCAUUCAGACUGGCGAGGAAUUCGCUCUUGAAUUUAUGCGGGAGAGGGUGAACCCCAGGCAGCAGUUUGUUCCAAAUGCUUACGUUGAUCCUAACAGCACAACUAGCUAUAUGGAGCUAAAGGGCAUGCUGGGAUUGUCUCAUACGGGUUCAGAAAGUGGGUCUGAUAUCUCUAUGAUUAGUACAGUAGAAAAAGCUCGGAACCAGGAUUUUGAUAGGAAGGGGUCUUCUGUGCACGAAGACCAAAGUUAUUAUGAUACUGUCCAAUCAGUACCACAAACCUCUUCGAGAAAUGACAGCAGUCGAGGAGUUCAUGGUUAUACAUCUUCAGGAGCCUCUGAUAGUUCAUCAACCAAGGUGAAGUUUCUCUGCAGCUUUGGUGGUACGGUUUUGCCUCGUCCGAGUGAUGGAAAGUUGAGAUAUGUUGGGGGUGAAACACGCAUUAUCCGGAUAAGCAAGAAUAUUUCUUGGCAGGAGCUUAUGCAGAAAACAAUGGCAAUUUACAAUCAAUCUCACACUAUAAAAUAUCAGCUUCCUGGUGAAGAUCUUGAUGCGUUGGUUUCUGUAUCCUGUGAUGAGGAUCUUCAGAACAUGAUGGAAGAAUGCAAUGUAGCAGAAGGUGGGGGAUCAAAGAAACCUAGGAUGUUCCUGUUUUCUAGCAAUGAUCUAGAGGACUCCCAGUUUGGCCUGGGUAGUGGAGAGGGUGAGAAUUCUGAGAUUCAAUAUGUAGUUGCUGUAAAUGGCAUGGACUUGGGCUCAAGGAAGAAUUCAAUUAAUCUGGCAAGUACAUCUGGGAACAAUUUGGAUGAGUUACUCAGUCUUAAUGUUGAGAGGGAAAGCAGUCGAGUUGCAGCCGAAAUAACUGGCAGUAAUGCUCCAUCUUCAGCUGUUAAUAUGCUGCCUUCAACAACCCAAUCUUCUCAACCAGUGCCAAUGAGUUCAUCUAGUACCCACGAAUAUAAUUCACAGCCUAACCAUGGCCAGAAGAUGCAUCAUGGAGAUGCUGGUCAGCUUCCAGCAUCCUCCAUGCAACCUAUGGAGAGCUUCCCCCAGGUGGAUGAAAAGGGAACCAAUCCAUUGUCGGUCCCAAUUCGAUAUGGUUUUGGUUCUCAUCUCCUGAACCAUGCAAUGGUUGGCGAAAAUGUGCCUUUCCAUGUGUAUCCAACUCAACAAGGGGUUUUGGCAGAAGAGAAACCGUAUGGUGGCUUUCAUUUGCAAAAUGCUGAAGUAUCUGUAAAGGAUGCAAAACUGAAAAGAGAUAUCUCAGGACAGAAAAUAAAUGAACCUGAGAAAGUUCAAAGUCUGGAUAAGGAGGCAACAAUAAAGGAAUUGAAAAUGAAACGAGAUGAUUCACUCCAGAAGCUUAAUGAAACUGUUAAAAUUCGAGCAGUGGAAAAUAAGAAUGCUUCCUUGCAUCCAUAUGAUAGUUCUGUUCCAAAUCAUACUUCUAGAGAAGAUGCAUCGGUUGCCAGUUCAGUGCCAGAAGUAGGGUCACCUCUGCUGCUCACAAGAAGUAAUAGAAGGCCACAAGAACCUGUACCGAAUUCGACGUCCGCUGAACCUGUGACUGAAGGAACAAAGAGUAAUGGGGAUGACCAUUUUCAUUCAUCUGCUGAUCCAUUUGUCCCAGGAUAUGGGGGUUCUGAGGCAGAUUCAACAGAUUUUAGCUAUCUUGAACCAUCUGUGGUUCCUCAUCGGGUUUUUCAUUCUGAGCGAAUUCCCAGGGAGCAGGCAGAAUUAAAUCGCUUGUCAAAAUCUGACAAUUCCUUUGAUCCGCAGAUUCUAAUAACUCAAGCACUUUCUGCUGGUUCUCAACCAGUUAUAGAAUCGAUUGACAAGUUGCAUGAAGGAAAUGUGGCUUCCCAGACUGACCAGUCCCACACAUCUGCAAAAUCGCAAUAUGCAAAUCCUCAGACUGUUGAAGAUGGACUUGCGCAGUUCGAGAAGUAUAAAGAAUUUGCUGAUAACAUCAGUAAAGUAAAUCCCAAUAUUGCUCAAGGUCUUGGGUCAAACAUGCAGAAAUCUGAAUCGAGACGUGUUGUUUUUAAUCCUGUGGAUGAUUAUGAAGGUUCCCAGGUUAAAGGUAACUACACUGAUUGCUCAAUCAAUGAUAACAAAAGAGCUGGGUUGACACACCCAACGGCAAGUCAGGGAGCUUCCAGCAAGCACCCAGAAAAUCCUGCUUUGGGGCCUCCAGAGAUUGAAAGAACUGAGAUUUCUGCUGACAAUAACAGUGGGAACAACAAUAAGGUGAAUGUUCAGCCUUUGGCAUGGACAGAGAGCCCAGUUAGAACUGUUUCUCAAGGGGAGCGCAGCAUUGGUGUUGACUCUCCUGAGCAGAAAGACAUACGCAUCGAUAUAAAUGACCGGUUUCGUCCUGAUUUCCUGUAUGAUAUUUUCUCACAAGCUAAAAUCCAUGAGACUGAGGUCAGUCCAAUGCCUGUUGACGGAGCGGGCUUGAGCUUGAACAUGGAGAAUCAUGAUCCGAAACGCUGGUCUUACUUUCGGAACUUGGCUCAAGAUCAAUUUGUUAGGAAAGAUGUUUCCCUUAUAGACCAAGACCAUCUGGGUUUCUCAUCCUCACUUACAAAUGUUGAAGGAGCCCCGCCCAUUGAUUAUAGUUAUCCACCUUUAAAGUCUGAUGGAGUUGCCUUGCCUCAUGUUGAGGAAGAUGUUCAUCAUGUGACAUCUGGUGUUGUUGGGCUGAACACCAUGGAUUCCCAUACUGAUUAUGGUCCUUUUGAGCUGAAGGGUACUGAGAGCACGCAGUUGGAUGGGGUGAAUGCUAGAAUACCAGAAUCAGAGUAUGAGGGUGGGAAGAUGAACAUUCAAAACGCUGGUGCAACUCUUGUUGACUUUCCCCUAGGAGAAUUUGAUAUUAGCACCUUGCAGAUCAUAAAAAAUGAAGACCUGGAAGAGCUGAAAGAAUUGGGGUCUGGCACAUUUGAACAAGAAAGAUUGACAGUUGAGUUCUGGCGUGAAGCAGAAAUCCUUUCAAAGCUUCACCACCCCAAUGUUGUUGCAUUUUAUGGAGUGGUGCAGGAUGGACCUGGAGGAACGCUUGCCACUGUGGCAGAGUUCAUGGUGAAUGGCUCUCUGAGACACGUUUUACUUAGCAAGGACUGGCAUCUUGAUCGUCGUAAGCGUGUCAUUAUUGCGAUGGAUGCAGCUUUUGGAAUGGAAUAUUUGCAUUCAAAGAACAUUGUGCAUUUUGAUUUGAAAUGUGACAACUUGCUGGUCAACCUGAAAGAUCCUUUACGACCGAUUUGCAAGGUUGGUGAUUUUGGUUUGUCAAAGAUCAAAAGGAAUACCUUGGUUACUGGUGGUGUAAGGGGAACUCUUCCAUGGAUGGCUCCAGAACUCCUGAAUGGCAGCAGCAGUAAGGUUUCUGAAAAGGUUGAUGUGUUCUCUUUUGGCAUUGUCUUAUGGGAGAUUCUCACCGGUGAAGAGCCUUACGCCAAUAUGCAUUACGGAGCGAUCAUAGGAGGCAUAGUCAAUAACUCCUUAAGACCGCAUGUACCAAGCUCUUGUGACCCUGAAUGGAGAUUACUAAUGGAGCAGUGUUGGGCACCUGAUCCCUUGGCCCGCCCAUCAUUCACAGAGAUCGCCAGGCGCUUACGGGUAAUGUCAGCAGCAUGUCAAACUAAACAGAUACCCAAGUCGUAA